UGAAACACAAGAGGAAGCGCGUAUUUAGCGCCAAAGCUUGAGUCGGUAGCCGAAGCCCGUAAACAUGGAUGUUCUUCGCAAAAUUAAGACAAAAGUUUCCGCAGACUUCAAGAUGCGAGGACUCAUGCUUCGUCCAGAUGCUAGUAAAUACCUUGUGGAAAUCCUGGAGUCUGUCAAUCCAAACGAGCUGGAGGAUGUUAUUGAAAAGAUAUUGGAUGCUGUGGAAAAGCAACCACUUUCCUCUUCUAUGAUCGAGCUGAAUGUCAUGGAAACUGCUGUUCAGGACUGCAGUCAGUCGUGUGAUGAAAACAUAGACAAUGUGUUCAACAUUAUUGGAGCAUUUGAUGUGCCCAGAUACAUCUACAGUGUUGAGCGGAAGAAAUUUGUACCCAUCAAUAUGACCAAGCAUCCAGCUCCCAGUCUGUGUGGUGUAGCAAGGGACAAGGCUGAGCUUUUCAGAGAACGCUACACCAUCCUACAACAGCGAACACAUCGACAUGAGCUCUUUACCCUACCGGCGAUAGGCUCUGCCGUCGACGAGAGUAGAAACAAGUUCCAGCUGAAGACCAUUGAGGCGCUCUUGGGCAGCACAGCGAAACUGGGAGAGGUCAUCGUGCUGGGGAUGAUCACGCAGCUGAAAGAGGGUAAAUUCUUCCUUGAGGACCUCACUGGUACCGUACAGCUGGACAUGUCCAAAGCACAGUUCCAUAAUGGCCUGUACACAGAAUCCUGCUUUGUGCUAGCAGAGGGCUGGUAUGAGGACUCGUUGUUCCAUGUCAACGCCUUUGGCUUCCCACCUACAGAACCUUCUUCAACAACUAGAGCUUACUAUGGAAACUUGAACUUCUUUGGUGGCCCGUCAACAACGUCAGUCAAAGCGUCUGCGAAGCUGAAGCAUUUGGAAGAAGAGAAUGAGGACGCCAUGUUUGUAGUCCUAUCUGAUGUGUGGCUGGACAGUGUUGAGGUGAUGGAGAAAAUUCACACCAUGUUCUCAGGCUAUGCUACAGUGCCUCCUACCUGUUUCAUCUUUUGUGGAAACUUCUCCUCUGCUCCCUAUGGGAAAACACAGAUCAAAUCACUCAAAGAAUCUUUGAAGACUCUUGCUGAUGCAAUCUGCUCCUAUCCCAGCAUUCACACCAGUAGCCGCUUCGUCUUCGUACCAGGUCCUGAAGACCCGGGCCCCAGCACAAUUUUACCACGGCCUCCGUUGGCUGACCACAUCACGGAGGACUUCCGAGAGAGGGUUCCCUUCUCUGUGUUCACCACCAACCCAUGCAGGAUUCAGUACUGCAGCCAGGAGAUUGUGAUCAUCAGGGAAGACCUGGUCAACAAGAUGUGCCGAAACUGUGUCCGCAUGCCGACCAACAGCCUGGACAUCCCCAACCAUUUUGUGAAGACCAUCCUCUCCCAGGGCCACCUGACACCCCUGCCCCUGUACGUGAGCCCCGUGUUCUGGGCGUACGACUACGCGCUGCGGGUCUACCCGGUCCCCGACGUCAUCAUCUUUGCAGACAAGUACGACCCCUUCAGCAUCACCAACGCAGAAUGCCUCUGCAUCAACCCGGGUUCAUUUCCAAGGAGUGGCUUCACGUUCAAAGUGUAUUACCCUUCGAACCGGACUGUUGAGGACAGCAAACUUCAGGGACUCUAACGAUUUGGAUUUGCAACGGGAUCUGCUGGCGUCUGUUUUAUUCCUCCUUUGUAAAAUGUGUCCAACUUUAAUAUUUUAAUAUGUAUGUACCUUUUUUAUGUAAAAUAACUAAUAAAGGUUUAAAUGUCCUAAUGUGACAUU